AUGGCAAUUCUCUCUAGUGCUGAGGGGAACAAAUUUCUUUUCACUAACGAGGGAAAGUUGGUCCAACGUUGGCUUCCGAGUGCCACGGAUAAAUUCUUUCCCAAGUCUGAUGGCAACGGGAACAAUGAGCACUUAAAAACAGUACGUAAAUUAUAUUCAGUGAUUCUCAAGGGGCAUGGGCUUCGAGAAAACGUUGAAUUUAUGGAUGAGAUGAUGAAACAGCAUCUGCAAAGUGAUUGGGAAAACAAAGUACAAGUCACGGCUGAUGAUAUGGCAACAUGGUUAGCAAUAUCAGCUGAUACCAAUACAUAUCGGCUGAGUCGAACAGUUUUUGGUCGUGGUAUCAAGGCAUCCAAGCUCAUGCAUAGAGCGGUUGAGGCAAUGGUUAGACAGAGAAAAAUCGAUCUUUUUGAAGAGACGAAUCUAUAUUCAAAAAAAGACUUCAUGUCACGCAUGCUUCUUGCAACAGAUGAUAAUGGUCAUUUCUUCAGUGAAACAGACAUAGCUAGCCAUUUAGUUAGUUUAGUGCAGGGGUAG